CUAGAGCUGGUUGAUAGCACCAACUCCUUAAAUCUGUUCAAAUUGAAAUACGGCCUCCAAUCUAACGAUAGCAGGGGAAAUCUGUCACUUUAUUCUGUUUUUUCUCUCACAGUGAAAAUGGGGAUACCAAAGACAUGGUGGCCAAAAGGCUUCUUGUCCAUGUUGAUGCUGCUAAUGGCGGGAACGUCCACGGGACUUCUGGUGGACACAACAGACAUGUGUGACAUUCUGAGAGUCAUAGACUGCAACCACCAUUACCACUCCAAUGGCGACGAAACGGUGUGUUGUACGGACGGGAAAACAUACAAAAACAAGUGCUGGUACGUGCAGGCCAAAUGUGAUAACAUACGACUAGAACCCAUGCACGCCGGCGCUUGCACAGAGGAGGAUAAGAACCCCCGUAGCAACAUGACCAGUACCAAUUUCACCACGGACAUUCCCGAGGCCGCACAGACCAUUGACAACUUUACUCUGACCCAGGAGUUCUGUGCCGACCCUCGACCCUGCCCGUCAGAUCUCAACCCUAUCUGUGGAAACAACCGGAUAUUCUACGUCAACUUAUGCGAUUUUAAUAAAGCCAAAUGUAAAAUACCAGACUUGGAGAAGAUUGGAUUGAGCGACUGUAAAAGCACCGGCGUCACUCGGGCUUUUAUUGAAAAAUUCAAACGCAGGCGCAAUCGUACAAAAGGAAGUGGAAAGUAGUUACUUGUUACUUAGAUUAUUAUCGCCGCUUAUCUGAUUAGUUUACAUGAAUGUGGGUGUCCCUGAGGGGAAAAAUACAUAGUGAUGUUGAAGUACCAUGUAUCAUUUCAUGGUUUGAGCGAAUAAACUGAAUUGAAAGUAAGUCACACAACUAUAGUAAUGACUAAACUUCCCAUAAGGGGAUGUAUUUAAUUUCUUAAAAUAUUUAUUUCAUCAAGGACGAAUAUGUUAGUCGGACGUCCCUAUUAUAUGAAAUGACGAUUAAUGUUGUGAUGAUAUAUGUAAAUAUUUCUUAAAUUGUGUACUCGCUGUAAACUCAUUCCACGUUCUCUUACAAAUUCAAAUAAACGCUGUUAACUGUGAUUGCUUUGAAAUUUACUUUUCAAAUAAAAUUGGUCAAUGAUUUAAGUAUAUAAUCUCUGAAGAA